GAACAAGGGGGUUGUCCCAACCCUGCCGUGCUCUAGGUUCCUGCGCCAACAAACACAGGUUGUGGUCGAAAACGGGUGCUUCCGCCUUUGGCAGGAGGGACUGGAGACCUAAGGGCUUUGCAAACCACGCAGAGGCCCAGUGGCCUGGCAUCCACUCCGUGCCUGUGCCCGGCUGCUUGGGCUGGAGCUCCGUACCGGUUUCUGGCGAGAUCUUUGAGUUGCCCACUGGAUUCCAGGCAUCCUCUGUGCAAAGCACGCCUGGCUAUCCGGUGGAUCGCGUAAAUGCGAAGGAGGUUGACAUUGAGAUGCCAUCACCUCGGAAUCCAUUUGAACAUCCCGGGCUGCCGACGCACUGUCGUUGGACGCUUCCGGCGCGACAUGCCGCACCCGACCGCACGGCCGGGCUGGCGGUUUUUCCACCGGAGCGCGACCAGGUGAAGUCCAGGUGGCACACCAUCAUUGGUUCUGUGCAGAUGGGGUAGUCGUGUAGCUUCCUGGCCGUGUCACAUGGGUGAACUUCAUG